UUCACCACAAAGUCCAAACUGCCGACGAGCACUGCCGGGCAAGUUAAGCUCCGCGGCAAUUUUAGUGCCUCGUUGUGAUACCAGAUAGGUGCGCGUUGUUAUUCUGGAGCUGGGCUCUCGUAUAGAAUCCAAUACAUCAUUCGUCAUGACUUUGCAGCUAGUGGUGUCCCACGACUAACACAGUCCAAACCCUCGAUUGGACCCUACGGUUUUAACCCGAGGCUGCCGAUUCUGCCUAGGCAUAAUCCAUGGCCCUUCCGAAUCUUGGCUCAUCCUGGAAUUCGAACUUGCUUGGUCCCCAAUUUACCGUUCAUGGUUCGACUCAAAAUGAUCCAGCAAGCAAACAAAGAGGAUACACAUAUUACUAUUGUUAUUGUGUCGUUAUAUAAUCAAAAAUAUUUUCCGAUGCCCGUGAGAUCGACUAGUAUCCCAAUGUGCUCGAUGAGACAAACGAUCCAUGGUUCGGUAAUCUGUGUUUGCGUACGGAGUAUCGGGAUUGAUGGGCGCCCGGAUGUCUUGGGUGAGCUGCAGUUGGGAGCUUUUUGCCAUCAUCUUACUCCGACACCCGCGGGAGCAGUAAUGCGCUCGCGGUUUUGGGUCGGCGGAGAGUAUGUCCGGCGGUAUGGACAGAAGAGUGCCGGAUUUCUCAUACGCAGGAUCGCCUCGCUGAUCCCGUGUCGGGACGAGGACGCACGAGCGCUCCUUGUCCAUUGCGCAGAGGAAAUGCAGCAUCUCGGCAGAGUUCUGCCACGGUGGUAUGCAGAAUACGGCGGGCCGCAGAGCGCAUAGCAUGAUUCCGUAAUUCUGGCAAUCUCACCUGGACAGAAUGAAUCCCACACAGCU